CGUGGUGGCCUGCUGGCUGCCAUCUUCUGCCCCUCUCACACAACUAUUUUGGUCGUGGCAGUGUGCGUCUCUCUCUGCUCUCGUCUCCUGCUGGUGCAUGGCUCACUAACGUGUCCUCGGUGCUGCUUAUUGUGACCAGUGCCCAGAGUGCAGUGAGGAUGCCCGAGGCGCAAGGAGGCCUGUGUGAGGUGUGCAAUAAGCCAGCUAAACAGUUCUGCUCCUCAUGUCGAUCAGUGUUCUACUGUUCCCGGGACUGUCAAAAACAGGAUUGGAAGAACCACAAGGGAAGAUGCAAACCAUUUGUUGUCCAAAAGCACCCAAUUUAUGGAAGGCACAUGGUAGCAACCCGUGACAUACGUCCCGGGGAGGUGAUCUUGAAGGAGACACCUCUAGUGGUAGGACCGAAGCAGAGGUCGUCCCCAGUGUGUCUUGGCUGCCACAAGGCCAUCACUGGCACUUACACUUGUCCCAAGUGCCACUACCCACUCUGUGCACCUUCCUGUGAGAUCUCAAAAUACCACAAGAACGAGUGUUCAAUAUUGGCUGGAUCAGGAGCAAAAAUCAAGAUUGAUAAGGUGGAGUCCGUACACCCUGCAUAUGAGUGUAUUACACCCCUGCGUUGUCUUCUCUUGAAGGAAACCGACCCAAAGAAAUGGGAGACCAUCAAUCAACUACAAGAUCACAUUAAUAAUAUUAAAAACAGUGAAAUGGAUGCUGUUAUUAAGAGAAACACUAUUGAUUACCUCAAAAACUAUAUCAAGUACAAUGGUGCAGAGAGUUCAGAAAUAUACCGCAUGUGUGGCAUACUACUGAUCAACAGCUUUGAGUUGAAGCAUAAUGGUCAACGAGUACGUGGGAUAUACCCACAGGCAGCCAUGAUGGCACACGACUGUAUCCCUAACACUAAACAUGCUUUUGAUGAUGACUUGACACUAAUAUUACGAGCAACUGUUGUCAUCCGCAAGGGCAACCCCAUCACCAGCACCUAUACCAACAUCCUCUGGAAUACGCUCCAACGUCGCAAACAGCUUCAGGUUACAAAACAUUUCUUGUGCACUUGUCGGCGGUGCUCUGAUCCUAAAGAGCUUGGAACACACCUGAGUACCCUCUUAUGCAGCGAAUGUGGAGCCCACAUGUGGUCUACAGCACCUCUUGACAAUGAUGCCAGCUGGUCCUGUCAGAAAUGCCCCAACACUAUUUUAGGCAAAACAGUGUCCUGGGGUGACCAAAUACUGUAUAAAGAGCUCUGUGGAGUAGAUCAACACUCAGCACGACAAUUGGAGGAGUUCCUAGAGAAUUAUAAGAAAGCUCUCCAUCCCAAACAUCGCUUUUUUAUGGAGGCCAAGUAUGCCCUUGUCAAGUUCUAUGGCAACCAUCCGGAACAUAGAUAUCGAGAUAUGACGAGAGAACAGCUGGAGAGAAAAGUAGAGUACUGUCAUGAGCUGUUGGAGUUGGCCGGCAUCAUAGAUCCAGGCUUGAGUCUCUUCCGAGGCACAUUACUCUUUGAGCUCCAAGGUGCUCUCGUGGCACAGGCGAGGCUGCUCCUGUCUAAUGACGUCAUUACUAAGGAAGGCACACAGGACUACAUGACAGAAGCUGUAAAGUAUCUGAAAGAAGCCUCAGAAAUCCUCAAGCAAGAGCCGGAGAUGGAGAAGGGCGGCUUGGAUGCAAAGCUCAAAGUAUUAUCAGAAGAACUUGAUAUUUAGUGUCGAUAAGCAUAUUUAUAAAGGAAUCUUUAUGCAGGAAAAUUAAAAAAAAAAAAAAUAUGCCCGACAAAAAAGACAAGACAAUUUUACUGUAAGUUGUGGUUAGGUCAGGCAUCUGUCUUUCUUACCAGUUAAUUUUAAGAACGUAUUAGCAAGUUAAUAUUCUUGUUAUUUUUCUAGAAUGUUGGGAUUUGCUAAAAUAAUUUAGGAUUUUUUUUUUAAUCUUGGUAAAACCAGACUGCUGUAAAAAUGUUAUUAGCCCACAGGUAAAUUAAUAUAUAAUAAUAGAAAUAAUAAAACAGCUUUACACCA